AUGGAGAACGCCUUUCUCCGUACUCCAGCCGAGUCGCUGGAGCACUUCAAGGUGACCGAGCAGACCGGUUUGUCGCAAAACGCGGUUUUGAAAUCCAGACAACAAUAUGGACCGAACGCUCUUGCGGAAGAACCUCCGACUCCCAUGUGGGAGCUGAUUUUGGAACAAUUCAAGGACCAAUUAGUUCUUAUCCUUCUUGGAUCGGCCGCCGUGUCCUUUGUGCUAGCUCUGUUUGAAGAGAGUGACGAUUGGACUGCAUUUGUUGACCCCGCUGUUAUCCUUACUAUCCUCAUCCUCAAUGCCGUGGUCGGAGUGACCCAAGAAAGCAGCGCAGAAAAGGCAAUUUCAGCUCUCCAGGAAUAUUCGGCCAACGAGGCCAAGGUUGUCCGUGAUGGACUGACGCGAAAGGUCAAGGCCGAAGAUUUGGUUCCCGGGGACGUGAUCCAGAUUGCUGUCGGUGACCGUGUUCCCGCCGACUGCCGACUGAUCGCCAUUCACAGCAACAGCUUCCGUGUCGACCAGGCCAUUCUGACUGGCGAGAGUGAAAGUGUUGCAAAGGAUGCCCAGGCUAUCAAGGAUAUACAGGCUGUCAAGCAGGACCAGCUUAACAUGAUCUUCUCUGGUACCACCGUUGUCAACGGUCACGCUACCGCUCUCGUUGUAUUGACCGGUGGCUCGACUGCCAUUGGAGAUAUUCACGAGAGCAUCACUUCCCAGAUCUCCCAGCCUACCCCUUUGAAGCAGAAGCUGAACGACUUCGGUGACACUCUCGCCAAGGUUAUUACCGUCAUCUGUGUCCUGGUUUGGGUUAUCAACUAUGAGAACUUCAACGAUCCCGCGUUCGGUGGCUGGACCAAGGGUGCUAUCUACUAUCUGAAGAUUGCUGUCUCUCUUGGUGUGGCGGCUAUUCCGGAGGGUCUGGCAGUGGUCAUUACGUCCUGCCUGGCUCUGGGUACUCGCAAGAUGGCCCAGAAGAACGCAGUUGUUCGGUCUCUUCCUUCUGUCGAAACCCUGGGCAGCUGCAGUGUGAUUUGCUCUGACAAGACCGGAACCCUGACCACUAACCAGAUGAGCGUCGAGAAGAUUGUUUACCUGACCAGCUCCGGCACUGGCUUCGAGGAAAUCGACGUCGAAGGCACUACUUUCACUCCCGAGGGCAAACUCACCUUGAAUGGCAAGGCUGUCGAGAACUUGGCUGUUUCUUCAUCAACUAUCGCACAGCUGGCUGAGGUCACUGCCCUUUGCAACGCCGCUACUCUUUCCCACGACCCCAAGAGUGGAGUCUUCUCCAGCAUCGGUGAGCCCACCGAGGGAGCUCUGCGUACUCUGGUCGAGAAAAUUGGAACCACCGACAUCGCCUUCAACCAGAAGCUUUACCGUCUCUCUGCAUCCGAAAGACUGCACACUGCCAGCGCUCACUAUGAGUCCCGUCUUCCCCUCAAGGCCACUUACGAGUUCUCCCGUGACCGCAAGAGUAUGUCUGUUCUCGUUGGCGAGGGCAAGGAACAGAAGUUGCUGGUCAAGGGUGCCCCUGAAAGCAUCCUGGACCGUUGCUCGUACGUUAUUCAAGGCGCCAAUGGAUCUCGCGUUCCUGUGACCAAGGACCACUUGAAGCUUCUCUCCGAAGAAGUUGUUGAGUAUGGUAACCGUGGUCUCCGUGUCAUGGCCAUCGCAAGUGUUGACGGUGUCUCUGGAAACCCUCUGUUGAAGAAUGCCACCACGACCGAGGACUACGCCAAGCUGGAACAGAACAUGACUCUCAUUGGUCUUGUCGCAAUGUUGGAUCCCCCUCGCCCUGAGGUUUCUGAUGCUAUCAAGAAGUGCCACGCCGCCGGAAUCCGUGUUAUUGUCAUCACUGGUGAUAACCGCAAUACCGCCGAGUCUAUCUGUCGCUCGAUUGGUGUGUUUGGUGCCGACGAGGAUCUUACCGGCAAGAGUUACACGGGCCGUGAAUUCGACGCUCUUAGUGAAAGUGAACAAGUGCAGGCCGUUAAGACCGCUUCCCUUUUCUCGCGCACUGAGCCUACCCACAAGUCCAAGCUUGUUGAUCUCCUUCAGUCUUUGAACCACGUCGUCGCCAUGACCGGCGACGGUGUCAAUGACGCUCCCGCUCUCAAGAAGUCUGACAUUGGUGUCGCCAUGGGUACCGGAACCGACGUGGCCAAGAUGGCCGCUGAUAUGGUCUUGGCUGAUGACAACUUCGCUACCAUCGCCGUCGCCGUCGAGGAAGGUCGUUCCAUCUACAGCAACACCCAACAGUUCAUCCGCUACCUGAUCUCUUCCAACAUUGGAGAGGUCGUCUCUAUCUUCCUGACUGCUGCCCUUGGCAUGCCUGAGGCUUUGGUCCCCGUUCAGUUGUUGUGGCGUCCUCCCCGCCGUCGCGACGAAGCCCUUGUCGGCGGCUGGUUGUUCUUCCGCUACAUGGUUGUCGGUAUCUAUGUUGGUGUUGCCACUGUCUUUGGUUACGUCUGGUGGUUUGUCUACAACUCCGAUGGACCCGGCAUUUCUUUCUGGCAAUUGUCCCACUACCACAAGUGUGCCUCUCAGUUCCCCGAGAUUGGCUGCGAAAUGUUCAGCAACGAUAUGAGCAAGUCGGCCUCCACCGUGUCUCUUUCCAUCCUCGUGGUGAUUGAGAUGUUCAACGCUAUGAACGCGCUGUCCUCCAGCGAGUCCCUCCUGACUUUCUUCCUGGGCAACAACCCCAUGCUCAUCUACGCCAUCACCCUGUCCAUGCUCCUUCACUUUGCCAUUCUCUACGUUCCCUUCCUCCAGAACUUGUUCUCUAUUCUGCCUAUGGACUGGAAUGAAUGGCAAGCCGUGUUGGUGAUCAGUGCGCCUGUGAUUUUGAUCGACGAGGUCCUUAAGUUUGUUGAGCGUCUUCUCUACAACACGAAAGCCGUCAACCCGGCCCAGAAGGGUGCCGGUAAGCCCAAGCGGGCUUAA